GUAAUGGUACAAAAAUUAGGGCACAAAAAAUUGCAUUCUUGAAUGGCUGCUCAGGGAAUGGAGCUAAAGAUUCAAUUUUUAUUCACUCCUCUGAAUAACAAAUGUGUAAUAAGACCAACUUCUCUUUGUUGGCCUUUGAACUUCACUCGACCGAAACCCGUAAAGCUACUACCUCUAUCGGGUGUCGGCACAAGGAAAAGCCGAAUAAAUAUUUCCAAAAUCGAAGAAUUACUAAAGCUCGGUAGCGGAGAUGAAGAUGACGACGACGACGAAGAAGAAGAAAAGUCGAGUGGGAAUAGAAACGAGGACUCGUUUGUGAUGAAUCCCGAAGAGAGAAAAGAGUGGAGAAGAAAGAUUAGAGAAGUGAUUGAUAAAGCUCCGGAUAUUGAAGAAGAGAUUGAUCUUGUUGAGAAGAGGAAAAAAAUGCAGAAUCUUUUAGCUCAAUAUCCGCUUGUUGUUGACGAGGAGGAUCCCGAUUGGCCGGAAGAUGCCGACGGGUGGGGCUUUAAUUUGGGUCAAUUUUUUAAUAAGAUUAGUAUAAAGAAUGUGAAGAAAGAAGACGACGAGGGUUACGAUAGUGAGAAUGAAGUAGUAUGGCAAGACGAUGAUUAUAUUCAACCGAUUAAAGAUAUUACUAGUGCUGAAUGGGAGGAGGCGAUUUUUAAGGAUUUUAGCCCGUUGGUUGUUUUCGUUCAUAAUCGUUACAAAAGACCAAAAGAAAACGAAAAGAUUCGCGACGAAUUAGAGAAAGCUGUCCAUAUCAUUUGGAACUGCAGGCUUCCAUCACCAAGAUGUUACGCAAUAGAUGCAAACCUAGAGCUCGAUUUGGUCUCUGCACUACAAGUGUCUGUUUUCCCAGAGCUCAUAUUCACUAAAGCGGGAAAAAUAUUAUACCGUGAAAAAGCAAUCCGAACAGCUGACGAGCUGUCCAAGAUAAUGGCAUUCUUUUAUUUUGGAGCGGCCAAACCCCCGUGUCUGAAUGGAGUCGACCACAUCGAAGAACCAAUUCCUACUCUUUAAAUCAGCAUAUAAUUGCAACAUUCAUGCAAUAUAGUUUUUGCUGAAAAUGGUCGAGAAGUAUAUUAUUUCUAGUUCUAAAAUUUUUGUUAUGAAAAGCCAUCAACUUUUUCGGAACUUCCUCAGGUAAUAAAUCACUAUUUUUCCCUUUUGAAUGAUAUUUUGAUUAAUUUAAAUUAAAUUCGUCAUAAUUUAUGUCAUAAGUCGCCUUCUUGCAGAUCCCUAUGGCUGGAAAAGUGGUAAAUAUGUGGAGUCGAACGAGCAUCGGAAAACAUUCACCAGAAUAUGAGCUUAGUGUUGGUAUUUGUAAAUAUUUUUCUUUCAAAAAAAAAAAAAAACUAUUCGAAAUGGCAAACAGCUUCUUAUUCAAGUUAUCAAGAACAGAGUUUUAUAUUUGUUUAGAGUACAUUUUUACUAGGAAAUUGCAAAGGGCAGAAUAGUAAAAUCACUCGUUGGACUUUCCGCAACAGCAGAAGGCUUUAUGGUAAUGGUAGCGAAAGGCAAAAAGCUGGAGAGGAUUGGAGCCAUCAAAUGCACAGUCAGCAACUCCGAGCGUUCGUUUCUCUGUCUUCUCCACAAAAACUGUAAGACAUUUUCUUGUACUAUGUGAAAACCAGAAUCUAAAUUCUCGAUGAUUUAAUUUCUUUGGUGGAUUUAUCGAUUUCCAA